AGAUCGGGGGAUUCGGCUGUGCCCUCUCGAGCGGCUGCCAGCGUCCCUGCGGCGCCGGGCUGCGGAGCGAAGGAGCCGCGGCGGCCGUGGCUGUUGCAUGUGUGGCUGCUGGAUGCGGAGGCGGCGGCGGCGGCGGCGGCGAGGAGCAGCAGCAGCGGCGGCAGGAUGUUAGGGCAGCAGCAGCAGCAACUGUACUCGUCGGCCGCGCUCCUGACCGGGGAGCGGAGCCGGCUCCUCACCUGCUACGUGCAGGACUACCUUGAGUGUGUAGAGUCACUGCCCCACGACAUGCAGAGGAACGUGUCUGUGCUGCGAGAGCUGGACAACAAAUAUCAAGAAACAUUAAAGGAAAUUGAUGAUGUCUAUGAAAAAUAUAAGAAAGAAGAUGAUUCAAACCAGAAAAAACGCCUACAGCAGCAUCUCCAGAGAGCAUUAAUCAAUAGUCAAGAAUUAGGAGAUGAAAAAAUUCAGAUUGUCACACAAAUGCUCGAAUUGGUGGAAAAUCGAGCAAGACAAAUGGAGUUACAUUCACAGUGUCUUCAAGAUCCUGCUGAAAAUGAACGAGCAUCAGAUAAAGCAAAAAUGGAUUCUAGCCAGCCAGAAAGAUCUUCAAGAAGACCCCGCAGGCAGAGAACCAGUGAAAGCCGUGAUUUAUGUCACAUGACAAAUGGGAUUGAAGACUGUGAUGAUCAGCCACCUAAAGAAAAGAAAUCGAAGUCAGCCAAGAAAAAGAAACGCUCAAAGGCCAAGCAGGAAAGGGAAGCCUCACCUGUUGAGUUUGCAAUAGAUCCCAAUGAACCUACAUACUGUUUGUGUAACCAAGUGUCUUAUGGGGAAAUGAUAGGAUGUGACAAUGAACAGUGUCCAAUUGAAUGGUUUCACUUUUCAUGUGUUUCACUUACCUAUAAACCAAAGGGGAAAUGGUAUUGCCCAAAGUGCAGGGGAGAUAAUGAGAAAACAAUGGACAAAAGUACUGAAAAGACAAAAAAGGAGAGAAGAUCGAGGUAGUAAAGGCCAUCCAUAUUUUAAAGGGUUAUUUGUCUUUUAUAUAAUUCGUUUACUUUCAGAAAAUGUUUUAGGGUAAAUGCAUAAGACUAUGCAAUAAUUUUUAAUCAUUAGUAUUAAUGCUGUAUUAAAAGUUGUUGUACUUUGUCUGUGACCUUAAUUUUCUGCACUAAAUUACCAAAUAUUUUAAACCAGGUAGUCUUCAGAUCACCUGAUAAAAGGAGCAGGGAACAGGGAGAGAGUGGUGUGAGCAUUAUAAAAAAUUCACAAACCAUGACUAUUUCAUUUUCACUUAAAACUCCAAUGCUACUUUUUUGGGUAAACACAAAAGAUUUGCUAGCAUUUUAGUUCCAUGUGCUCAAAGAUUUUUUAGUUAUAGUUGGAUUUAUCUGUAAGCAUCAAAUUAUCUUGGGUAAUUUAGAAUAUGAACACUAUCCCAUUGAGAGCUUCUUUUUCAGCCCCAUUUGUUCAUACACUUAUUAAUCUCUAGUCUUCCAGAAAUUUAAGGAACUAGAGAUGAGAGUAUUUUGGGAUUCCAUGUGGAAUAAUGUGCUCUUAUUAGAGUAUUUGCUGCUGUAUUUUCCUUAGUAGCAUUUUGAUACACUGUCAGUAGCCCAUUUGUAAAUGCCUUGCUGCUUCUUCAAAAUAGAUACAUUUAACCUAGUGUUUAAUAAGGAAGUUGUUUAAUGUUUUGUUUGUUUUUAUUGGGAAAGGUAAGAGUAGUCAGGGUACCAAAAAUGCUGCUGUCGGCUCAUAUUGGCAAAAUUUGGGUUAAUGUAGUAUCAUGGUUCAAGGUUGAACAAUUUAAAAAAUGCAUUAUAAUAUUUUCUAUGUUACCCACUACUGGAAUGCUUAGCCACAGGCCUAUCUGGGAAAAGGGCAUAUAUACCAGUCUUUAAAUAUUGCCGUUCUGUCAAACAGUUGUUUUAAAUAGUUUUGCUAGGGGCUAUAGUUCAUUUCUGUCCCAGUUAGUGAUUAUACAUUAUUUUAAAUAAUAGUGUAUUUACCUUCUUAAUUUUCUGGUAUUGGUGCUGUUUGAUGUUUUCAUGUUUAAUGAACUAAUUUCAUUAUAACAAUGCAAUUAAUAAUGUAUUUGUAAAUUGAAUUUUCCAAGAUUCUAGUAUUUUAAGAGUAAGCAUCUUGAUGGAUAUAUGUCCAUGUGUUUGGAGCAAUUUUUGGUUGGGGGGGACAGGAAAUUGAUUAGUCCUUUAAAUCUGUGUAACAUACUUUUUAUUCCUCAUUUCUUCCCAAUCUGAUGAUCUUGAUUCUUUUUGAUUAACAUGUGAAAAAUCCUGUCUGCUUGUUUGGAAAAAAAAUUGAUUUUUUUUCUCUUCUA